UUGGUUGUGUGUAGCCGUGUAGGUAGUCCCACAGCCACACCUUGAACUCAUGUCCUCGUGUUCUACGACAAAGUAUAUAAAUAUAAUAAUUGAAGAAUAUCAUAAGCAUAUGAUAAACAAUGUAGCUAAUAUGUCAGUCGUCGUUGAGCUCCGUCUUCCCCGGGGGCUGGUGGUUUAGUUGACUCCAAUUUGCUGGCGGAGUGAGUACCUUGCCUCCCUUAACCAAUGGCGAACCCUAGGCUCCGCUCUAUCACUUGGUGGAGGAAGUGGUCCAGGAAGGACUGGGCCAUCGCCGCCGUCGGAUUCACCCUCAUCGUCUUUCUCUGCACCCUCAUCUCCAACUCUAUGAUCGACCAACCUUUCGAUCACGAUCACGCCAUCGCCGCCGAUCUGGUCGACCUAACCUUGCUGCACAAUGCAAAGGAUAAAGGCGCCCUUUGUUUGGAUGGGAGUUCGCCUGGAUACCAUUUCCAGAAGGGUUUUGGAUCUGGCUCUAACAAUUGGCUGCUUCACAUUGAGGGUGGAGGUUGGUGCAAUACAAUAGCAUCAUGUUCUUUGCGCAAAUUAACACCAUUAGGUUCUUCCAAGUACAUGGAACGUCGAGUUAGCUUUUCCGGGAUCUUGAGCCCUGACUCGUCUCAAAACCCUGAUUUCUUUAGCUGGAACAAAGUCAAGAUACGUUAUUGUGACGGUGCAUCUUUUGCUGGCCACCCCAAAAGCGAGUUGAAAAAUGGGACGAAACUUUUCUUCAGGGGAAAACUCAUCUGGGAUGCACUUAUGGAUGAACUCUUGUCACUUGGCUUGUCUAGUGCGAAGCAGGCUCUUCUUUCAGGAUGCUCUGCUGGAGGAUUGGCAACUCUUAUACAUUGUGAUGACUUCCGACAACUUCUGCCUAAGGAUGCAACUAUCAAGUGCCUUGCUGAUGCAGGUUUUUUCCUCAAUGAGAAGGAUGUUCAUGGAAAACAAACUAUGGGAUCAUUCUAUGAUGAUGUUUUCCACCUUCAGGGUGUAGAAGGAAGUUUACACAAGGAUUGUGUUUCAAGAAUGGAACCAUCGAAGUGUCUCUUCCCUCAAGAGAUUGUAAAGAACAUAAAGACUCCAGUUUUUCUUGUCCAUCCAGCAUAUGACUUUUGGCAGAUACAACAUAUCUUGAUACCAGAUGCAUCAGAUCACAACUGGCGAAAUUGCAGACUGAAUAUUCAUGAUUGUAAUCCUAACCAGAUUGCAAUACUACAAGGUUUCCGCAAUUCUCUGCUCAAGGCAUUGAGUGAAUUUCAGAAAAAUGAGGAAGGGGGGAUGUUUAUAAAUUCUUGCUUUGUUCAUUGCCAGACGUGGAUGGGUCAUACAUGGCAUUCUCCCAAGUCUCCAAGAAUAAACAAUAAGACCAUUGCAGAUUCUGUAGGUGAUUGGUUCUUCAAUCGAAACAUAUUGAAGCAAAUUGACUGCCCCUAUCCAUGCAAUCCCACCUGCUAUAAUAUGAAUUUCACUUGAGGAUGAUGGAGCUAUUUUCCGGCUUCAAUUUCUUCUCGUGGAUUGUGGAAUUGUUCAUGUCUAAAGGGAUGAUCCUGGUCCUAGAAAGUCAGAUGAAUAUUGCAUUUCAUUUUUUGUUAUAGCUGCUUUGUGGUAUGGAGGACUGGAAAUCUAUUACAUUGUUCAGGUAGAGAUUAGAAU